AUUAGACAUAAUCUUGAUACAUAAUCAUAUGUCAAAUUAAGAAAAUAUAAAAGUGAGUAAAAUACUUUUGCAAAUUAUGUUUUUUAAAAAUAGCAAGAAUUAGAAUUUGUAAUGCAAUCAGUUAUUCAACACUCUUAAAUAAAGAAUUCAUUUUCAAGACAUCUUCCUAAAAUAUAAGAACAACAAAAAACAUCUCCUUAUUUGAUUAAAGCUUUAGUAAAAAAUAGAUAUUCAACAGAGCCUAUAGAUUAGAAGAAAGAAAUAGAUUAAAUCAAAUCAAUAGACAUUACAAAUCAUAAUAAAUUGGAAUUUCCAAAAUUUUAAAUAAAUUCAUUAGUGAGAUAACAAUUUAAAAAAAGUAG